UCUACUAGUUAUUUAUUAGGUCUAAGCCCGCGUUAACCCCUCCAUUCCCAGAGUCCAAACCCCUAAAAAUCUUUACGGCUAAAGUUCAGGGAAUGGCAUACCGCAAAAUGGGCAGUGCGUUCUUGAGGAACACCUCAUUUUCUCGCUUCUGGGUACAGAAGCAUUCGACCAAGCGUGUUAGUGAUUUCACCCGAGCUCCGCUUCUGUGUAACCAAACCCAGUACAGAGCAUAUUUUCGUUCCCCAGAUUUUACAAAGAAAGUCAGGGAUUAUGCCAUUUCCCCUUCUUCGUUUCUUUCUUCCUCUUUUGCUUCUUCUUCAUCGUCUUGCGGUUGUCUCUCCAAGGUUCGUUUUGUAGGUUGGUAUUUGGGGAUGAUCAAGUCGCGCCCGAUUCUUACAAAAAGUGUUACUUCUGGGCUUAUUUACACGGCUGCUGAUUUGUCCUCCCAGACUAUUUCACCACCAUCUUCAGAACCGUUUGAUUUUGUGAGGACAUUACGCAUGGCAGGAUAUGGGAUGAUUAUUUUAGGACCCUCACUGCAUUUCUGGUUCAAUUUUGUGUCAAACCUUUUCCCAAGGAGGGAUCUUUUCUCGACAUUCAAGAAGAUGGCAAUGGGCCAAGCAAUUUAUGGACCUAUCAUGACUGUCGUUUUCUUCUCCUUGAAUGCUUUCUUGCAAGGUGAAAACAACACAGAGAUCGUUGCACGCUUAAAGCGCGAUGUACUGCCUACGAUGUUAAAUGGAAUUAUGUACUGGCCUGUUUGUGAUUUUAUAACAUUCAGAUUCGUUCCUGUCCAUUUACAGCCACUAGUCAGCAAUUCAUUUUCAUAUGUGUGGACCAUUUAUAUGACGUAUAUGGCAAACCUAGAUAAAGCAGAGGCUGCGAGUUAAUCAACUUAGUUGGAGGAAUCCUUGUUUCAUGAUCCAAAUAUGGAGUAAUAGAGUCUUAAGACUUUAUAUAAUAGUUACAGUAUACAAGCCAAGCCGAUCUCUUACAGGACAUGUUGUAGUUAGUAUUGUGCAGGUAGGACGCUCUAAGAUUCAUGAUGUGGAUCAAAUGCUUACUUGUUUCAAGCAAAUUUUCUUUUGGAGAGUUUUUUUCUCUCUCACUUAAUGGUAAUAUUACAGUAUCCAUUUUUCUUAGGGGACUGGACCGACUAGGACUCUGUAAAGCGUUUUCUGUUACUAAGGACAUGGUUUUUGGCUUACCUUUUCAUUUAGA